CUCGAGAGUACUCGAGCUUGAGAAACCAAAAGCUACUCUAUCUGCGCUAGCUCGCACCUGCAAAAGCUUCAAAGACCCAGCUUUGGACGCCCUCUACCAUGACUUAAGUUCUCUCACCGACAUCUUCAUGUGUCUACCACAGGAUCUUUGGAAAACGGAAGUGCGAGCCACAAGAAACGGGGGAAAAGAAGUCCGAGUGGAGACGCUCAUAUUUCAGCGAGCCAUGCUGCGCAGCGAUUGGCGCAUUCUAGAGAGCAAUGCAAGCCGAGUUCGAACCUUGAUACUCAGGGGUACCAAUCAAUCUUCUGGAACCGUAUCGAUCGAUCCCGACGCGCUCAACUCCGUAUCCUUCUACUGUGGUUCCUUCCUCUUUCCUCAGCUGCGGAAGCUCAUUAUAUCACCGCCGGGGAAUUUCAUGAAAUUUCCUGGCGCGCUGGUCUCUAGGCUGUACUUCGGACCACUCCUUGAAGACGUGGUGCUACAGAAUGUCGACAGUAGUGUCUGUCAUGACAUCGUGGCGGCUAGUCAGGCUUGUCCAAUGCUUCGAUCGUUAAGAAUCUUGUUCACUGUGAUUGAGCCGUGCAACCAGCUUCCGGAUCUUCUUACGGACGUAGCAGAAAGGCUCCAAAACCUCAAGGCCCUUUCAGUCACGUUUGGGGACUUCACUAUCUCGCACCGAAGCAUCGUAGCAUUGGCGGUGAGCAAAAUGCGCUCCCUGGAAUCACUCAGGCUGUACCUUGCGAAAGGGAUCACACGCGAACGUAAUCACGAUCCGUUUUCGAAUCUUCCUAUAGUUUACCUACCGAGGCUCACGCAUAUGAGUGUUACAGCCUGUCCAACGGAUAUCGAAGAAACCCUACUUAAUUUCAACUUGACCGGUAUUACAGCCUUUAGCGCGGGUUUCCAGGGAAUCACAGAGGCGGCUGCCGUGGAGAAAGCUGUGUCAUCCAUAACGAUCAAGCUCCCAGAGAAGAUCCAGAGUUGGGAGUUAGCAUUGACAACUUUUGAUUUCCUAGAAAAUACGGGCAAUAGCUCUCUUGGGUCGCUUUCACGCUUUCGAGACCUUACCAACGUUACUCUCCGCUCUAUUAAGACUUCUUUCACAGACGAUCAGGUGGCCGCUUUGGUCUUUCCCUGUCUCUGCCAACUCCACCUCUUCGCACAAUACAAGUCCUUAGGGCCUCCCAUAACAUUUCGCGGUGUCGGCUUUAUACUACGUAACUGCCCCCGUCUCAUAUACCUUACCUUAGCCAUCAACGCUAUGACUCACGUCAACGAGCCGCACAAUACGCUGACCUUUGAUGCCAACUGCUCCUCCCUCAUCUCGUGGAACGUUGCAGGCUCUCGGAUUGAUGACCCCGAGUUCACUGUUCGGCACGUUGUGAGCCUGAUGCCACGCCUGCGUGAGAUCGUCACCACUGGAGAUGUCAAGGCGAUGCGCAAGCUAUGGGCAAAAGUCGAUGACUUGCUCGAUGGUUGGAAGGGUGUAUCGAUGCGCUGA